AUGGGCAGUGUUCUUCCACAACAUGAAGAAAUUGCCAACAAUAAGGCUCCGGGGGAGGCUUUGACAUGGGAAGACCUUACAAAGAUGAAGUACACAUGGAGAGUAGCGUCCGAGACGAUGAGGAUAAACCCUCCUGUGAUUAUAUCCUUUCGGCGAACUGUGCAAGAUAUCGAGUAUGGAGGGUACAUGAUUCCAAAAGGAUGGCAAGUGCUACUGUGUUCAUCAAUGACACAUAUGGACAAUAACAUUUUUCAAAACCCGACAACGUUCAAUCCAACCCGUUUUGAGAAAACCGCACCGUCGCCGCCACCUUUUAGUUUUGUAGCGUUUGGAGCAGGGCCAAGGAUGUGUCCUGGGGCCGAGCUUGCGAAAAUGGAAACUUUAGCCAUGAUCCAUCGCCUGGUGACACAAUUCACAUGGGUUCUUCUUGACAAAGACGAACCCUUCAAGAGAAUCCCAAUGCCAGAAUUCGACAAAGGAUUGUCAGUUCAGAUCAAGCCCAUAAAAGCAGCAUCGACGUCAUCCGAAGCUACGAUGGAUAGCGACAACCACGGUAGAUAGGAGAAGAUAAGACAUCAACGUCUCCAAAACCACUACAACAACAGUAUCAAAUACCCAUCCAUCUUGAAUCUUGUAUUUGCUUCUGGUUUUUUAAUGAAAAGUUGUUCCUACUUCUG